UAUAAGAAAAAAAAACUAUAAAACACCUUCCUCCCCUCCCAUCGUAACUCGGUCUCAUACUUCAACUUUCUCAACUGAUUUGACUGUCGGGUGCCCUGCUCUCUUAACCAGACCCUCCACAGUUUACAUACUCCUCAUCCACCACCAAAUUCAAUCCCGCUCUAUUAUACUUCACCGGCGGUCAUCCACCGGCUUUCGCGUGAUCCUCCAACAAUCCGUCACGGUGUCGCCCAAUCGCCCCAACAUCACCACUCCUCUCAAUCCCUCCUCUCCCCCUCGUCGCAGCUUCACGAGACGGUUCUUCAGAAUCGGCCGCUCUAACACCAUGCCCGGCCCCAUCGAGAUCGUGGAGCCCCCCGUCGUGGUGCGCGACCUCCACGACGACGAAAAGCUGGUCGUCGACGAAUUCGAGCGCCAUGUGAGCCACUGUGCUCCUUGCGCCCUCGCCCUCGAGUCCAGCAGUGAUACCCUCUGUGAGCGUGGCCAGCGCCGCGCCAAGGUCGUGACCAACUACUUCUACAGCGUGGAUGGAAAACACUUUUCGGUCGUGGACAAGGAAAACGGCAAGCCCAUGCGAGUCAAGCUCCUGCGUCAGGGCUCCCACGCUCGCACCUUGAUUGAGAACGUCGAAAAGGGCAUGCGUCUUGCUUCUCCCCGUGGUCGUGCCCCGCCAGUGAUGCCUCCUGCCACUCCUCCUCAGUCUUCUCAUCGCCGCUCUACUUCCAUCCGCAGCUCCUACGAUGCCACAUACCCCGUGGGACCCCGUCGAUCCGGUCCGGUGGUUGAACACCGCGAGCCUCGCUCUCGCUCCAACACGCAAUCCCCUCAGCCCUCGCCCAACACUCGCAUCAUCGAGCGAUCCCCAUCCAACAGCAAGCCCCGAGUCGUCAUCUACCCGUCUCCACACACCUCUCCCAACCGCAGCUCCAACAGCCGUGGCUCACUGUACAACUCGGACCGCCAGGACCGUGUCGAGCGCCAGUACGAAUCUACUCAGCUUCGUCGUCGCUCGGACUACUACCGUUGAACGCCCGGUUCUCGCGCAAUCUGUCUAUGAACGCCCGCCUUUAUCCGUCGAAACGCUCCAAGGUCCAGUUGCUAGCUACUAAAGCGGCAAUGCAUUCCGGACAUUGACUGUCCCUCCUGAAUGACCGCAAGCCGGUCAUCUCCAGAUGGGAACCCCCGAAACACGAAGUGGGUUCCCAGCUGGACAAUUCUCCCCGAAUCCACCGAUACAGAACUACCACAAAACGGCGCUCUGGGACGCAGCCCUCAAAAAAAUAACAAAGACGCCCAUCUUUCAGUUCAGUUCAGUACCGUAUGAAAUUCAGUCAUCAUGGGGAAAAACGUCGGACUCCCAGAUCGGAAACCUCUCCGGUCUGGUCUGGCCUGGUCUGGUGUCUCCGACACGGGAAUUUCCCCUACUAGGGCUCUCUAUACUUCAAGUGGGAAUUCCACUACGAUACUUGGCUCUCGCCAUUCUUGGCAUGCACCUCGACCCUCUCCGCAUCUGCCUCAAUGCAGGAGGGGGUGCUGGGUAGCCAAUGAGAGUAGAAGGGUAUUACAACCCUCCUAUUUUGUGUUUAUGCAUUACGACUUCUUGCCAUGUUUUGUCAUUGGACAUUGAUCUGUGACUCACUCUUGUGGGAGAAUAUGUGCAGUAUUCAGUAUGAACUGCAUUACUUGGAGGAUUUUCUAUUAUUCUCCGCUAUGCCAUGAUAUUUUUCUUUUCAUUUGUUAUUGAUGAACACUGUGGUUAUGUACAAAGUGGCCUGUUACGAUGAUGUUUUAUGUUUGCUUUGAUGCCUAGAUAGUCCACACCAAACACCAAAAAAAACAAUCACGUUUCAAACUCAAAAUCGGACUUUAUUGUAUACAUAUUACACUCUGUAAGACAAGAUGAGUGGGGCAGAGACAUACCAAAUAGACUUCUGUAUUCUGCAUUAUGCAAUCAAUACCGAGUCCAGCUCAAUCUAAUCAAAUUGAAGACCCCGACAGGCCAGAGUGAG